AUGUCACAAUUGUCAAAUUCAACAAUGAACCAGAACAUUUCCUCUGAUUUAUCGGCAAUUAAAGCUGAUAAUAAGGGCACUUCGACUGGAACAGAAAAAGGAAAGAAAAGAGCUGCUCCUCUACCACCUGCAGGUCAAGCAAAAAACAAUAUGACUGCUCAUCAUUCAUGCGAAAAACAAGCUCCAAAUGUUACUUCAAAAUGUGUUGAUCAAUCAAAAUUCGUCAGUGUGGCGGAGAUAUAUAUUAAAGUUCGUGGAAACGUUCAAAUUAUGCCUGAACUUUCCGAUGAAGAAUUGCUUGAAAUGACCAUUAAAUUCGGAAAGAAAUAUCCUCAAUAA